AGUGGCUCGCUCUUUACACAGGGCGGGGACGAAACGAACCUCGCGGUAAACCGAAACCGCGGUAGACGGCGCCAUGGAACCUGGAGAGUACGAGGCCCUCGUGGCGAGGGCCAACAGCGGCGGCGCCAUGGAACUGCUGCAGUUCAUGCGGACGCACAAGAUCCACCAGCCGGAGCUGGUGCUGCUGCACGGCUCGCGGCUAGUGAAGAGCCGCGGCCUGGGGAACGAGCUGUGGACGGUGUUGGAGCAGGUCUUCCUGGCCGCUGCGGAGCUGGGCUGCGACCAGUGGCGGGACUACUGCCUCAAGGAGCUCACCACCAAGUUCCCCUCCUCCCUGCGGGUGGAGCGGCUGAAAGGCAUUGAGAAGGAGAGCUUAGGCGAGUGGAAGGAGGCCGAGAAGUUGUACCAGAAGAUCUUAGCGACCAAGCCGGAGGACACGCUGACCCACAAGCGCCUCAUCGCGAUGCACAAGCAGAGCGGCAAAGUCCCAGAGGCGAUUGAGGCGAUCAACACGUACCUGGACAGCUUCACCACGGACUCGGAGGUGUGGCACGAGCUGGGGGAGCUCUACAUCGAGCAGGGCACGCUGCAGAGGGCCGCCUUCUGCUUCGAGGAGCUCAUCGUGCAGAACCCCCGCUCCAUGUACACCAUUUUGACCUAUGCCGAGCUGCUCUACUCCACCGGCGAUCUUGAGAACAGCAGGAAGUACUUCAGCUUGGCUUGCUACGUGGACGGCGCCAACUUGCGGGCCCUCUGGGGCCUCUUCACCUGCAACAUGGCCUUGGCGGAGAAAGACAAGUCCAGGGAGAAGUCCAAGCAAUUCCAGGAGCUGCAGAAGUUCACCAUGGAGAAGCUCAGGGCGGCCUACAAGGGGCUUGGUGCCCAGGGCCAGGUAGCCUUGAAACUCCUAGCGGCGGUUCCAACGGUUUCCGCGAGCUGAAGCGCUGAAGUGAGCGAGUUCGACGCAAGAGAUCUCCUUUGCGGG